CAGCAAAGUAUGCACUGCUGACACUGUGCAAUUGAGUCUUAUUCGCUUUACGACCUUUCCUCUUGGAUCUGCCCUCAGUAAUCUUCUAGGAUCUCCUGUUUGGAGUUUGACAAGAUGGCGGGCCAGGGCCAGGGCCAGGGUUAUGGCUACUAUCGGACAGUCAUCUUCACUGCCAUGUUUGUGGGCUACACCCUGUAUUACUUCAACCGCAAGACCUUCUCUUUUGUCAUGCCAUCUGUGAUGGAGGAAAUAAAACUUGACAAGGAUGAUCUGGGUCUGAUCACCAGCAGUCAGUCUGCAGCAUAUGCAAUCAGUAAAUUUAUUAGUGGGGUCCUGUCCGAUCAACUGAGUGCUCGCUGGCUGUUUUCAAUUGGCUUAUGCUUAGUGGGUCUGGUCAACGUGGCCUUCUCUUGGAGCUCCAGCGUGUCCAUUUUUGCCAUCCUUUGGUUUCUGAAUGGUUUAGCACAGGGGCUGGGUUGGCCUCCAUGUGGAAAAGUCCUGCGUAAGUGGUUUGAGCCAUCCCAGUUUGGAACAUGGUGGGCAGUGCUUUCUACCAGCAUGAAUCUAGCAGGCAGUCUUGGUCCAAUCAUCGCCACUCUAAUAGCUUCCAGUUACAGUUGGCGCAGCACCCUGUCACUCUCGGGAUUUAUCUGUGUGGGAAUUUCUGUCCUCUGUCUCAUUCUCAUAAAGAAUGAGCCAGCAGAUGUGGGUUUGAAGAACAUUGAACCAGGAUCCAAGAAAGGGAAGAAGGGUUCCCCAUCUGCAGAUGAGACGACUCUGAAAGAGUUCCUGUUCUCGCCAUACCUUUGGCUGCUGUGUGCUGGGUACCUUGUAGUAUUUGGGGUGAAGACCUGCUGCACAGAUUGGGGACAGCUCUUCUUGAUUCAGGAUAAAGGACAAUCUGCACUAAUUGGCAGCUCCUACAUGAGUUCCCUGGAGCUUGGAGGUUUGGUGGGAAGUAUCGCUGCCGGCUUACUUUCUGAUCGGGCUGUAGCUAGACUGGGGUUAAAGAACUAUGGUAACCCUCGUCAUGGGCUUCUCCUUUCUAUGAUGGCUGGAAUGGCAGUUUCAUUAUAUCUGUUCCGGGUUACAGUCACACCAGGGUCAUCCAAGGUUGAAGGCAUCUGGUCUCUUGGUCUUCAACCUCUUGCUGAGAUGUCUGGUUUCACUGAACAAGAGGUUUGGAUCCUGAUUCUAGGAGCAGUUUUUGGUUUCUGCUCAUAUGGGCCGAUUUCUUUAUUUGGCGUUAUAGCCAAUGAAAGUGCCCCUUCAAAUUUCUGUGGAACAUCUCAUGCUAUUGUAGCCCUUUCUGCCAACAUUGGAGGUUUCCUAGCUGGACUUCCAUUCAGCACCAUUGCCAAAUACUACGGUUGGGACACUGCCUUUUGGGCAGCGGAGAUCACAUGUGCAGUAGUCACUGUACUCUUUUUCCUUUUGAGGAACAUUAAGACAAAGAUGGGGCGUCUUCCCAAGAAAACAGACUGAACUGUAAUCGGUGAACCCGCCCCCUCGGCUAUCCUGCGAGAGGAACAUGAGAGGUCUGGAAAUCAGGGGGAGAGAGAUGUGGCGGGUUCAAUAAGAUUAACUUUUGUUUCGGUAAAAUGUUGCAGGAUUCCAAUUCUGCAAAUCGAAUGAUGUGGCCUAUAAUCUUACAAAAACAUUUCCCGUAACCCAUCCUUAGUUGCCUUCCUAAUAAAGAGACUGUUAACAUCAAACUAAAAUUUAGGAAUAAUGGGAAACAAAUUAAGAUUUAAUUUUGAAUAAGGAUGGACUAUUUUAACCCCUUAAGGACCAAACUUCUGGAAUCAUGUGUGACCAUGUCACGUGUCCUUAAGGGGUUAAUCUGCAUCGUUCUUUGGGAUAUAUGAAUGAUGGUAGAAUAUACCCCUUCAAAUGUUCUAUCAGGUUUAAUAACUAGCCUAAUUAUUUUAUUAGCCUCCAGCGAAGUUACAGAUGUGACAACCCAAGGGAAACAAAUUGAUCUACAGCAAACAAAGAACCAAGUCUACUAACUGACUUACCUGGUGUUUAGUUCAGGACACUGUUAAUGUAGGAAGAAGCUGAAUAUCAAGCAAGCAUUGCACUACGUCAGUCUGCAAGUAAAGCACAAUAACUGGAAGACAAAUCCCGUCUAUCACACAAUGAAUUUUGUGAAGUUCUCCAUUUCAACGAAGGCAUAUUUUCCACUCUGAUGUAAAUCAUCUGUUUAAAUUUAUUGUAUGAUAUGAGUUAAUAUAUUUUGCAAACUGUUAUAGAAGAAAAUAGCACCUCAGUUAUGCAAACAUCAAUGUGAAUAUUGUCCGUAACGACGAGAUACUUGAGACUUGCUGCUAAGGAAACUGUGACUGGAAGACUAAUCAGGAUGACAUACUUAGGCUGCAGAAUUUAAUACAUUUCUUUUCAUACUGAUUUUCAGCUACCUCUGUUUAAAAAAAAAAAAAAAUGUCGAUCGAGUUCCAUAAGGUUUUUUUUUCCUCCACCAACAUUUCUCAUUUCCUCCAUUGUACAUUUGAAAUGCUAUAACAUCUUCAAGUGCUGACCAUAGUGGUCUGGUUCUUAUAGUUUUAAUAGAAAAUACAAGACACAAAAGUGCUAAAAGUACAAACUUUACUGUGAAGUAUUUGGGUGAGUUUUACCGUACUCGCCAAUGUAUGUUAAAAAUUUAAAGAAGUGGUUUCAUUUCACAAAGACUCGGCAGACUGUAACUUCUGUAACAUCGUAACCCUGUGCUAAAAUAAAGAGUAUUUUGGUCU